CUCCGCGGUGGAAAGACGCGAUUCGUUCCCAGCACGGCACAACACCGAGCGGACCGAGUAAAAGCAGAUAGAAAAUACAGUUUUUCGAACAGUACGCGCUACAAAGCCCCCUGUCGGAAUCGGACUCUUAUCAAUCCCGCGAAGAACCGAACCGAACCGAACCGAACCAAACGCAGCAACAACAGUAGCAAGUCUAGUGGUUAGUCCAGUUGUGUUGUUAACCUGCAGCAUUUUGCACCUUCGACGUCGCCGCAAGAGUUGGGUGGGAUCAUCUUCCAACCCCCAUUCCACUCUUCCAUCCAGUGUUUCACGCGACAGCGAAAGGCUCACAGUGAAGGUGAACGCUUUAAAGAGAAACUGAGCACGCUCGAGUGACGAUCGGUUUUGUCGUGGUGUGUCCGGGGUUUACGGCAGCAGGAGAAGGUGAUCUCGAAGAAGAGUGAAGAUAGUGAAAGUGGCACGGUGGUCGCACCCUUCGCGUUACACACAGUGGCUGAUUGUGUGCAGGGCCUGGUAACACACGCCCCUAUCAGCAGCAGCUCACCCAGGUUGCGAUUACUGCUCCACAGCUUCCAAAUAGCAGGAAAAGAAACGCCGCAUCUCCAUCCCCAUCGGUGAGGUGCCGGCGCUCUAGGUAAACGAAUCGAAAGCAGCACCAAGCCAGCCAGCCGGCCAGCCAGCAUUGCGUUGCGUUGUGUUAUUUGCCCAGUUCGCAGUUGGUCUAGGCAGCUACCUAGUGGCGGUUAGUUCCAAAAGGGGAAGGAAGGAUAAGAUAGUUCACGGGCCAACCGACCGAGCACACACCUUGUGCACCACCUACCAGUGAUUACCCAAUCAAUAUUAGCCGUGAGUAAACGGAUUGUGCCACAUUAGAAGCGGUGCAGGGCCAUCGGCAAACCGCGACACGGCCGUGUCGUGCGAGGCAGCCUCUGUGUGUGCGCUUUCCCGGCAAAAGGUCUGCCCUAGUAUCGCCGGGGGUCGUCCGAUGUUUGUGAAAAAUAUUUACAUUAACCCAUGGUAAUCCCCACCUAACAGGAGUGGCCCAAGCCUGGUUAUACCCUCGACAGUGGGUGGGAAUGUGUGUGUGUGUGUAAUCUAAUCAGAAAAACAAGAGCAUAAAUUGCUAAUCCCCAAUACGUAGUGCGGUCGAAGUGAGGCAGCAACCCUACUCCAGGAAUCGAGAAACCUGCCCCUCACUCAGUGCAUCCUAGUAAACCGGUGGUGACGCUUCAGCAAUCGAACCGCUCGUCGCUUGCUAGUAGCCUGUGGCGGUAACCAAGUGCUAUAAGUCCUUUAGUGAUAUCCAGUGCGAAUGCGUGCCUGAAUGUGUGUGUGUGUAUGUGUGUAUUUGAACAAUCGUCCCACUAUACAUUCGUUCGACGAUCGACUCACCAUCAUAACAAACCUGUUUUACGCCCAACGUCAACCCCCCGUGCGCCCUACGAUCCGGACGGGCGGUCCAUUUUCGGACUUAAUGUUAUGAGCUUCUCCACUCCCAGACCGGAUUCACGGUAGUAUCGGCUAGCAGAACGGCUAGCCGGUUGCUUCGUCUGGACGGAGACACGAGAGAGAGGUCGGACAACGGGGAGAACCGUUCCGACAUUUGCACAUUCCAUAACCGGGGUGCAAAAACAAAGUCACAACAAAAUACGCGUGCCUCUGGCAGCGCCACCCGAACGACCGAACACCUCGAGCAGAAACCGAGCGGCGACCAAUCGACGUCACCCGGUUGUCGCACCGACAACAUCCGGAAGCAAACAGCAGCCAGCAGCCACAACUGGGGUCGUCCCGCACGGUAUGACUUCUUCGAUUUUCCUCACCAUGGCAGGAUGGACCAGUGACAAGUUUCGGCUCUCCUGUCUCGACAACAAUGGACUCAAGCGUACCCUGCUGAAGAUGCUGAUACUGGACAAUGGCACCAAGAACACGAACAUUGAAACCGAGCGUGGUGCGGCAGAGUAUCGCGUCGAGCAGGGCAACAACGCCGCCAACAACAAAUCGCUGCUCAGCUUUCUCGCAAUCAAUGCCCUCGAACUGAGCGCACCGGCCAGUCCGGUCCUGUUGGAAUGCAACGCACCAGCCGUACCAUCGGGAUGGUUACAGCUAUCCGGUCAUCCGAAAAGCAUCGCACCGGUCGCCAAUGGGAUCGUGCGAAAGCGUGUUUCCGGUCCUCAUGAUACCGAGCUGCUUGCCUACCGUCAGCUCAUGAUCGAUCCGCACGCGGUCAAGGUAGUGCCCAAGUUCUACGGUGUGCACCAGUGCUUCCAGAGUGGUGGCGAAACCGGUGCCGGUGGACCGCAGUGUUUCAUCGAGCUGCACAACAUGCUGCACGGUUUCGUCGAUCCGAACGUGAUGGACAUCAAGAUGGGCUUCCGCACGUUCACCGAGAGCGAGGUGAGCAAUACGGCCCUGCGAGAGGAUCUCUACCGGAAGAUGGUGGCGGUCGAUCCGAACGCACCGACGGACGAGGAGCAUCGGGCACGGGCCAUCACCAAGCUACGGUACAUGCAGUUCCGCGAGAACAUGUCGUCGACGCAGGAGAAGGGCUUUCGAAUCGAAGCACUCAAGAUGCGGGGCUGUACGCCCGUGACCGAUCUGAAGACGAUCAAGACGGACCGACAGAUUCAGGGCACGAUCGGGCACUUUGUCGGUGGUCGGCGUAGCGUAGCGAAGGACAUCCUCAAGCGGCUGAAGCAGAUGCGAACAGCGAUCGAGAAGUCAAGCUUCUUCGGCCGGCACCAGGUGCUCGGUAGUAGCGUGUUCAUCGUCUACGAUGACCAUCAGGUCGGUGUGUGGUUGAUCGAUUUCGCCAAGGCCUUACCGCUGCCCAAGGGCACCAAGGUGACGCACCGGGCCCGCUGGCAGAUGGGUAACUGUGAGGAGGGGUUGCUGCACGGUUUCGACGAGCUCAUCCGUACCAUGGAAGCGGUUCAGCAUAAUGUGCACCAGCAGCAGCGCCAUCCGUCACGGGCUAGCGAGGUCUAACUGCUUCCACGAUCAGAUGACGAGUAAUAGCAGCAGCAGCAGCAGCAGCAGCAGCAUCAAAAACCCCUCGAAGGCCGGUUCCCUCAGUGUACCGUCAGCCGAACUGAAACUAGUCAACAUAAUGUGUGUUAAAAGGAAAUCCGAUGAUCUAAGCAUACAGAUUUGUGCACGAUGUAGCCCGCCCACCCGACCCGGGAUGCAGGAUUUAUAAGAUAGUUUGCCCUCGUGCCGAGAAGACUGAAACCAUUUCACAGCAUGGCGCACAUGCAAUGUCGCGGUGCGGUGAAGGUGUUUGUAGCGUGUUUAGGGUCGGAUUAACCGAUUUUUUUUCCAUAUUGGAAAAGGCGUUUAUUACUAUUAUGAUAUGUACGGCCAAAGCAGGGAACAGAAUGAACAGAAGCCAAACCAAAAAGAGAGAUGGCACCGUAUGGCUGCAAAAUGAAUGAACGGAUAGCAGAGCAGCGAGCGUAGAAGUCGAUCCGGUCUCGAUUCCGGUUAAAUACGAGUCGACAUUAGCGUUUAUUCGAUGCUCCUGCAUCCAAAAUAUUGAAAUCAUGUCGAAGUAUCGCUAUAAUGAGUUCCCCUUAAUGUUGCAUUUUAUAUUUAAAAAUGAAAAAGAAUCUAUAUGCGCAAGCAGAGCUAUUUGUUAAUAAAAUAAAACGGUUAAACUAUUAUUGUCUGAAACGACGAGCGUUCAAUUCUUUGGUUUCCUAUGAAUAUUGCAUUUUUUUAUCAGCGCAUAUUUACGUGAGGCAGCACAACAGCGUGAAGCUCAGGAGCACUGCCAUGAACCGUGCGCUGACGAGAUGGCCCCCCUCGUCGAAGGCCAACGACUUCGUUCGUGACAGGUUUUCCAAGAUGAUGUGCCGCCUGAGGAUCGAUGUUGAAGCAUAUUUUGCUUUUUUUUUAAAUAAAAUCCUAUCACAU